GAAGUCUUUUGAGUAGAAAAAGAAGUUUGUCCAAAAAGUACCAGAUCUAUAGGGCAAAAGUACCAUCUUUUAAGCGUAUUUUAGGGGCAAGUCUACAUUUGACUCUUUUCACUAGAGAUCUCCAAAUAUCUAUCAGUUCGUAACCCGAUUUGCUUCCGCGGCUGCUCCCUUCUGCUCCGGCGCUAGCCAUGUAAAUGUAUUACGGUUGUAGCUCUUCACAAGGGUCGGCUUUUACCUAAAAAAUUGCAAGAUCAAGGUAUAGCGUAUUAGAAGUUUUCUGUGAGGGGUAACUAAAUAAGAGAAUGGUUAUAACUCGUCUAUCUAUUUACAAGGUUCUUCUGUUACCUAAGUGCUCGAUCAAUGUUCACCUCUAAAAAUCCUAAAAGAGAAUAGCUAAAUAAAAUCAGCUAUUACUCAUUUUUUCUUAAAGAAUCUGAAAAUAAAGCUUGCUGUUGAGAUUGGAAACUCAUACUUGGCUGCUGUUCCAUGGUUAAUAAGUCUCCUUCCUGAGUGAAUGUUAAGUUAAGUGAUUAAAAAUGGAUAGGGAUUUUGGAAAAGGGAUGAUGGGAGAGCAAAAUAACUUUGAACAAGCUCGUUAUAGCUCUAUAGAGACUAGAACUGAGGUCAUUGGCUCUUCAAACCAGAGAUUUUUCCAGGAUUCAUGCAGUUCUAUCAGUACAGACAUAAGACCACCUGAUUUCAUUGUACCAGUUGGAGCUAGACCUGUAAACUAUUCCAUUCAGACUGGCGAAGAGUUUGCUUUGGAAUUUAUGCGGGAAAGAGUUAACCCAAAGCAGAACCUCAUUCCUCAUGGUUCUGGGGGUACUACUGGAAUUUCUCAUACAGGUUCUGAAAGUGGAUCAGAUAUUUCCAUGAUUGCCUCAGUUGAAAAAUCUCGAGUUCAACAUCACCAGAGGUCUAGUACUUCUAUAAAUGAAGGGAUAAGCAACCACCAAGCUGUGCAAACUGGAACUAGAGCCUCAUCAAGAAAUAACAACGUCCAUGGGAUUCAAAGCCAUAUGUCUUCUAGAUCUAGUACAUCAACAAAGUUGAAGUUUCUGUGCAGUUUUGGUGGUAGAAUUAUCCCUCGUCCAAGUGAUGGGAAACUCAGAUAUGUUGGAGGUGAUACGCACCUCGUCCGUGUAAGCAAGGAUAUUUCUUGGGAGGAACUCAGGCAAAAGAUGUUGACAAUAUUUAACAAUUGUCACACAGUAAAAUAUCAGCUUCCUGGUGAGGAUCUAGAUGCAUUAGUGUCAGUUUCUUGUGAUGAAGACUUGCAGAAUAUGAUAGAGGAAUGUAAUGUAUUAGAAGGUGACGGAUCACAAAAAUUCCGGAUAUUUCUCUUUUCUAACAGUGACUUGGAAGAUUCUCUUGUUGGUCUGGAAAAUAUUGAAGGAGAUUCAGAGAUGCAGUACGUUAUUGCUGUCAAUGGCAUGGACUUUGGUUCGAGAAGAAACUCUGUUGCCCUGGCCAGCACUUCAGAAAAUAACCUGGAUGAGUUUCUGAGUGCAACAAUUGCUGGGGUGAAUGGUCAAGUUGCUAGGGAUCUAGCGGAGGCUGAUACUUCUGAUCCAGUCAUUGGCAUGCCUCUAACAAAUCAAUCUGCUCAUGUAGGGGUAGGGGUGUCAAUUUCAUCACAUACCUUCAACUCCAAUCAACCAGGAUACUUGGGUCAAACUGUAUAUCAUGGUGGCAAUGAAUGGCAACCUUUACCUUCCUCCAUACCAGUUGACAGCUUCCGAGGUGUAGAUGGCGAAAGCCUGGUUCUUCCAUCUAUGCAAGUGCGGUAUAACCAUGGUUAUAAUCCACCCAAUAUGCAAGUGCAGUACAACCAUGGUUAUCAUCCACCCAACUCUUCACAAGUCACAGAUAACUUUCCUGUAAGUUCGGGCCACGGUUAUAUGAAUUUGAAAGGAGACGUGGCUCCCGAGCAGUCUUAUCAGAGCUCACAUAUGAAUAACUAUGAGACACCUGCUACAGUAGUAAAUCUGAAAAGAGACAACUCUUCUCGGAAGAUGUUCGAACUUAGUAAAGAUCAAUCUCGAGAGAAGGAAGUGCUUGAGGAGGGAAAGAUAAAGCUAGAAAGCUCUUUGCAGAAAAUAAAUGAGCCUGAAAAAAUGUGUCCUUUGGAAUGCGAAAGAGUUGUUUCCUCAAACCCACUGGACGAUUCCACCUCAUGUCACAUUCCUAGAGUUGAAGUGUCGACCUUCACUGCUGUGGCAGUUGCUGCAAAUUCUGGUACACAAUCUAAAAUCAAUGACAAGAGUCAGGAACAAGUGCAGAGUUCAGCGUCUCCUGAAGCUGUUCAGGAAGAAAAACUUUAUAGGUUUACUGAAGAUGGCUUCUCCGGAUCUGGUAGAACUUCAAAUGCUGGCUAUGGUGACUCGGAGACACAUCCACUUGACUUUAGCUACGAACAAUCAUCAAUUCCUUCACGGCCUUUUCGUUCUGAAUGGAUACCCAGGGAACAGCCCGGCCUUAAUCGUUUAUCUAGAUCUGAUGAUUCAUCUGCUUCGCAGUUCAUAAUGACCCAUGCACACUCUGGAGGCACACAGCAGACCAUAGAAUCAGUAGAUAAGUUGCACGAUGGUAAUGUGGCUCCCCAGACAGAGCAUGUUAUAUCUUCUGGAAGAUCUUUGUCUGCUAAUCAACGUGCUACUGCAGAGAAAGGUGUAAAAUUUCAGGAAUCUCUAGAGUUCAGUGUCAGUGCCACAGAAAUUUAUACCAAGGGUGCUGGAGAAGUUUCUGAAGCAAAUCUCAAUAAGCCUGAGCUGAAAGCUGCAACAUAUGCAGAUAAAGUGAAAUCUGGACUAGGUGAUCAUAUCACAAGCAGCAAUGUCCAGGCUGAGUCUGCUUCUGGGCAGACAGAGCUUCAUAGGGGUGAUGCAGCUGCAAACAGAGCCGAGGGAAAUAAAGCAGCAGAGCAAAUACAGCCUUUGGCUGUGAAAGAGUGUCAGGUUGGAGCAGCUUCCACAGAGAGGCCCUCUGUUACUGUUGGCACAAUUGAGCAUGGGAGCAUUCUUUUUGACAUUAAUGACCGCUUUCCCCGUGAUUUUCUCGCUGAUAUAUUUUCGAAAGCCAAACUUAUGGAUGCUUCACCAGUGCCUGUUCCACUACACACUGAUGGAACUGGUUUGAGCUUGAAUAUGGAGAACCAUGAACCAAAGCACUGGUCCUUUUUUCAAAAGAUAGCUCAAGGUGAUUUUGGUAGAAGAGAUGUCUCUUUGAUGGACCAGGAUCAUCUUAGUAUGUCUUCUACCUGUGCAAAUGUUGAUGAUGGGGUGUCUAUGGUUUCUGGUUAUCAUCCUUUCCAGCGUGAUGGAGCAAUGAUAGAUCAUAUGGACUCUCAGCUCAAUAUUGAAGCUGAGUUCCAGCAACCAUCACCUGAAAUUGUUGGACCAGACACCAUGGAUUUACCUUCAGAGUACAAACCACUUACGUUCAAAGUAUGCAGUAUGAUGGUGAAUGAUGAGAACCAAGGAGCUCAGAAUGCUGGCUUUCCCCUUACCAGUCUCUCGCUUGGAGACUUUGAUCCUAGCUCCUUGCAGUGCCAAGUACUAGCCCCUGUACGGCUAUACCUGGGCGAGGCUCUGACAUCGCUUUUUCCUUUCGCUUUUCUUCUUCUGGUGUUGAUGGUGGUGCUUGGUUGGGGGACGGAGGGUGGGGGCAGCUGGGGCCGGAGGAAGGAUAAGUCGCCAGUGACAUAUGAUGUAAUUAUCACUAAUGAAGAUCUUGAAGAGUUAAAGGAAUUGGGUUCUGGAACAUUUGGGACCGUAUAUCAUGGAAAAUGGAGAGGGACUGACGUUGCCAUCAAGAGAAUAAAAAAAAGCUGUUUCACAGGUCGCUCAUCAGAGCAGGAGAGAUUGACUGUGGAGUUUUGGCGUGAAGCUGAAAUUCUUUCAAAACUACAUCAUCCCAAUGUGGUGGCAUUUUAUGGUGUUGUGCAAGAUGGGCCAGGGGGGACUCUUGCCACAGUAGCAGAAUUCAUGGUGAAUGGUUCUCUUAGACAUGUUUUACUUUGCAAGGACAGACACCUUGAUCGUCGCAAGAGGCUCAUAAUUGCAAUGGAUGCUGCAUUUGGAAUGGAAUAUUUGCACUCAAAGAAUAUUGUGCAUUUUGAUCUGAAAUGUGACAAUUUGCUUGUCAACUUAAAGGAUCCUUCUCGACCCAUUUGUAAGGUGGCUGAUUUUGGACUGUCAAAAAUAAAGAGAAAUACCUUGGUUACUGGUGGUGUCAGGGGAACGCUUCCUUGGAUGGCUCCAGAACUGUUGAAUGGUGGCAGUAACAAGGUUUCUGAGAAGGUCGAUGUCUUCUCCUUUGGGAUUGUGCUGUGGGAAAUCCUUACUGGCGAGGAACCUUAUGCUAAUAUGCACUAUGGAGCAAUUAUAGGUGGUAUUGUAAGCAACACAUUGAGACCGCCUGUGCCAAGCUUCUGUGACAGUGAGUGGAGAAUGCUUAUGGAACAAUGUUGGGCUCCGGAUCCUGCCAUCCGCCCAUCUUUCAGUGAAAUUGCUAGACGCUUACGUGCCAUGGCUGCUGCCUGUCCAACAAGACCACAAGCUCAUCCAACCCAAAACAAGCAACCCAAGUGAUGGUAUGGCGUCUUCUUUCCUGGUAUCUGUGGCGGAAGUUUCUUAUGAGUAGUUUCUAAGUAUAGUCUGUUUAUUCUGUAACAUUAGAGUGAUGAGAGUGGUCUCCUUCAGGGUGUGAAACAACAUUGUGAAAAAACUAAUGAACAAUAGAUUAUAUAUAUUCCCGUUAAAAACAUGAAAAUCUUGUUACAUAUUGCAAUUUGUAAAGCAUCAUUUGUAUCUAUGAUAAAUGGAAAUGUAGCUUUGGCCUCGGAAA